CGUCAAAACGUCAAUAAGUGUUGUUGAUUGUGCAGGAUUUACAGGAACGUAAUUUUUUUAUCUUCCAAUAUGUUUCGAACUGAAAAAGAUAAAUGAAAAUCAAAUGUACCGUCUGUGGAUAAAACAGUCAUGACUGAAGAAACCCUGGAUAUCGAGCAGCAACUCGACAAAUUGUUGACUGAUAUCGAACCAAAUUUACAAGAUGUUAUCAAGAGGAGUUUUACCAAUGUUGCAAUACAACAAACAAAAAAUGGUGAACAAAUCAAAACAGAUGCUCUGGAAGAUACUUCAUACUUUGCUAAAAACACUCAGGUGACAUUAUCUCGAUUAGAGCUAGUCAAAUCUCCAACAUUCCACAUGCAAUCAGUAUCCCUAGAUCUCAAGUCAAUGUCUCUAUCAUUAAAAUGCUCAUUAGGGGAAGUAAAUGUAAGAGGGCUCUACAGUGCUUUUAAUGAAAACCUAUACAACCUUAUUCCUGUUAUGUCAGAAGGUCAUCUUGUAAUAUCAUUAUCAAACAUGAUUGCAGAUGUAAAGGUGGGCUUAGUACUAGUAGAUGACGCAUUUUCAUUUAUUAACCCCGCUAUAGAAUUUAUUCACGACGAAGUUCUUGUAAAGUUGUCAUGGCCAUCACCACAAAGAAAUGGAGGAUAUGAAUUCACAACCACAGAACAACUGGCAAAACAUAUAGAUGAUUUACCGCUGACAGCUGCAAUAUCUCUGCCGUUAUUCGCCCUCCUGAGACAGAAAUUGCAGCGACACCUGGAGAAAGUGCUUUACCAAGCUACCAGCGUAUCAGACGUAGUGGGGUGUAAUCCUAGUAUGUUGGAAGCAUAUAGCGCAAUGGUGGAUAAAUUGAGUGAGAGUGGAAAUCGAGUGAUCGAUAUGAUUUUGAUAAAUAUGCGACGUACCCUCCUUCAGACAUGUACUGAAAUUUUGGAACUACCCCCACUUCAUGCUACCUUUUUACAUAAGAUAGGUUCAGUAUCGUUUGUUGGUAAAUUUGAAACGGAAUUAGGUUGGGUGAAGAAUUUAGCGAGUAUAAAUCGGGUAAAUGAUGUCACAGUGACACGCCCAGAUCCUGGGAGAACGUGCUUCCACGUCACCCUCAAAAUCAAGGAUUUGCAGAUUGGUUACGACGACUAUCGGGUGAAGGCUUUGGGGGUAGGUAGCACGGGUCGAGUGGUUUCUUCGUUCAGCGAUAACUCCAUACACAUGGCAUUAUGCGUGGGCCUGGCUCGCUGGGAGCCCUAUGCACAGCUGGAUGACCUGCGAAUGCAUCAUUGCGGGGGAAUGGACAUGCACAUAACUGGCCUGGGUCCGCUAAGUGGAGAGUUGAAUUCGGUUCGGGGAUGGAUACGCGGCGCUGUCCGUGCGCACGCGCAGCCCGCUAUUGACGCACAAUUGCAACACGAAUUGCGUACAGCACUCACUGAGUUACCGCUCACUGAAUUAAUAAGAGAGGCUCAGACAUAGAUUUUACAGAGCGGAUAAAAUAAACGUAAUAAAAUAUAUAUUUUGUUGGAAAAAAAAAAAUUUUUUGGCGGUAUUCAUUUGGAUAAUUGUUACGACAUUAAAACUAUUUUUUUUUAACCUUUGUCUUUCCUGUUUGUCUCAUUUCAUAAAAGCGUAAAUAUUUUUUGAAGAUAAAAACGAAUUGUUAUUAUAAUAAUACCACGCGUUGGCCAAAGAUUUCAUCCAUUUCUAGAUUAAUUUUUAUUUCAAAAGACAGGUAAGAAGAUGAUCAUUUAGUUAGGUCAGCAUGUGAUGUUAUUACGACUCAAAAAAAAAACCUUGCCAAAUUCCAAAUGAAUACUAUAAGUCAAUCUCACAUUUUAAGUUGGAGUACUUUUAUAUUUUACGUAUUUUGUAAUAUAUUCGUAACAGAAUUAAAGUGAUCUGAUCAGAAAAUAAUAAAAGAAAAGUUCAGUAAAUGAAGGACGUAUUAAGUUUUUUUUUUCGUAAAAUAUUGAGUAUAAUUUUUUUAUUAACAAAUUAUCCGUUCUGUACUUUUAUAGAAUUAAGUAUCCUAUCGACUAUAAUCCUUGCGUCCAAGUAAAUAUCAAUAAGAGAUUUUUUUUCGUUGUGAACUGUUUUUAAAAUUUACCUUAAAAUUAUUGUAUUGUAAAGCAAUAUUAAUUUUUAUUAGGUUAAAUCAUAUAAAACUAAAAUAGCUGUUUUAUCAAGUAUUGAUCCGUCAUUACUAUAAUUUUUAUAUCAUUAUCAUUUAUAAGUUUUUUUUCGCUUUUAAAUUAUAAUGUUUGUAAAGUUCACUGAACAAGUCCUAUUCCAACAAUUACCUUCGUGCUUUUAGUUUAAAACCCCACGAAGCGCUACAAAAAAUUAUUGGUGUUUAUUCACUAAGACCAUGCCACGAAUGAUACAUGAAAUGGAAUUCAAUAGCGUAUUAUAAAAGUAUAGAUUAAAGAUUACUUAACAGCCUAUUUUUAACAAAAAACAAGCGAUAAUGUAAUAUAAAACUUUAAAAAAAUAUGUGACUAUUUUGAACAUUACUUAUCAACUAAAUUAUUCAAAUUAAUUUAACUUCGAAAAUUAUAGGAAAUUUUGUUAACAUUUCACGUAAUAUUCGUGCAAAGGGGCUGAGAAUGUAAAAUGAGAAACGAACGCGCGAGGCCUGCCAUUAAGAUUGCGCCAAUAGACGUAAAGUGACAUAUCAUGUCGCGUGUCAACGCGCCAACUAGAGAUGCUUUCGACCAAUCACAGUCGAACGGAAGAUGCUGACGUUUCAUUCAUACUGCUGUUUAUUGUUAUUAUUUUUCUUGCACCAAUUAUUAUUACAUCACCAUAGUUUGUAAGUAGUAUUUUUAGUAAAUUUUAUAAUUGCAUUUUUAUAGAAUAAUAUACUUUUUUAUGUUACCGUGUUUACCCUAAAUGUAGCGUAAAUUAGCUUUUUUGACUUUAUACAUCUCAUUUGAUAAUUAUGUCUUGUCUAGAAUGUUCGAUGAUAUUUAUUGGUUGUGAAUGCCUUUAUUUUCGAAACUGUUGUAUUUUUCUUAUUUAAUAAAACGUUUUUGUUUAUAAA